GAUGCCCGCCCUCAUUGCCGUUGCCCUGCUAAGUUUACAUGGUCGCGGAGCGAGGUCAUGACAGCGAAACCAGGAGUCGGAACGAUCACGGCAUGGCACGAAUCGGUCGGGUACAAAUUUGCCAGCUGCUGCGUCAUCUGCAUAAAAGCUAACAAAAACGGCGUCUACGAGUUUUCCAGCGCGGCACUUCAGGCCAAUCGCGACGCAGUCACGAGUACUUGGGCGAUCAAGAGCGCACAGGUAGCCAAGAUUUACCAAAUGAACUCGCAGCGCCAUUGCUGGAUAUCUGUUGGUAUCUCGAGCGCAGCACUGCUGAGCAUAGCGAACCGCGAAAGCAAGCAAGCCUUGAGCGCGCGCGCUCGCUGCAGCCAUCUCGACUCGAGAACUCCGGUGCUCGCGACCGCCCGCAGCGACGCGACAGCCGUUGACCGGUCUGACCCCGCGAGCAGCCAGGCGACGCACGCACGCGUCGUUGAAGCGUCUGCGGAGAAGCCCCCCGCGUCGGUGCGCCGCGGCGGUCGGGCCCUGCCGGAGUUGAACCUGCUGGGCAGGUACUGCGCGCAGGAGGCGCCCAACAAUUUCGCGGUCUGCCCGCGCAGCCACUGCGUUGCGACGGCGAACAUCGCUGGCGUCGGCCCCCGCGAGACCGCGGUUGCCCCAGCGGUCGCCAAGGACUAUGUGGGCGCUCUGGAGCUUUGCAACGGGGACGUCAAGACACUGGGCACGUCGGGCUUUGCGAGGGAGCCGCAUUGCGCUCGGGGCGGCGCUCCGGGUGGGCAGCUUGUGGCAGUGGCGCAGCACAUUGGGCGGAAGCGGUCGCUCGCGCUGUCCAUGGGCGCAUUCGGAAUUCAUCGGAAGCCCGCGGGCGCCCUGAAUUUUCUCUGGGAG